GGACCAUAACAAGUGGGAUUCAUUCUGAAUCAGGAUAACUUGAGUAGGCAAUCAAGGAUCACUUUUCUUCUUUCAUAGUCAUACCUAUCGUGUAUUUUCUUCCUUCGUUUCCCCUUAAAUGCAACUGUAUAUACACACUAUUGGCACACACUCACAGAUUGUACACAAAUAUACAAAUACAAAUCAAUCAGAAUUGUAAAAAGAAAUGGCGGACUGGGGACCGGUGUUCGUGGCUGUGAUGCUCUUCAUUCUGCUAACGCCAGGGCUGCUGAUCCAGAUACCCGGCCACACCAAGGUUGUUGAGUUCGGUAAUUUCCAAACGAGUGGUGUCUCGAUUUUGGUUCAUUCCGUCAUCUAUUUUGCUCUUAUGUGCAUCUUCUUGUUAGCGGUUGGGAUCCAUAUUAUAAACUGUAUCUCUGAAGAAAUGGCAGACUGGGGACCGGUACUCAUCGGUGUAGUACUCUUUGUGUUAUUGCAACCUGGCCUCCUUUUUCAGUUACCUGGUAACAGCAAGCAGUUAGAGUUCGGGAGCAUGAGGACCAACGGCAAAGCCAUUGCGGUUCACACUCUCAUUUUCUUCGCCCUCUACGCCAUCCUUGUGCUAGCCGUUCAUAUCCAUAUCUACACCGGAUAAUCUCAGGUUGAUCCCUAGUUAAUGGAUGAUGUGUUUUCUAAUAAUCUGUGUGGCAUGGAAUAUUGUUGUUUAAUUUGGAUGUAUUUUGCAAAUGUUUUGGUUUAUGCUCUUUAUAAGUUUCUAAAUUCUAACCAAUGCUGCUGGUGCCCAAUGUGAACGCAGAGUUCAUUCUAUUUGAUAUUAAAUAAAAAAAAUUAACAAAUAAA